AUGGCUUCUCUCAUUCGCAAAAUCUUCAAGCGCAAGAGCCAACCACCCCUGGCCUGCUCCGUCAGUUUGGACGAAGACGGUCAUCCUGUUGGUGAAGAUCCCGAUCAUCAGCAUACGGCUGCCUGCUUUACUUCGUUUGAGGCGCUUGCUAUUGCAGAGCUCUUCCAGUCUCAGUCUUGCGAGUCUUGCCCUCCAGCCAUCCCUGCCAUUCACGCCGCAACGGACAAUCCGAAUGUACUCCUGUUGUCCUACAAUGUCACCCUCUUUGACAACAGCGGAUGGAAGGACACAUUUUCCAGUGUCCAAUCUGAUAACCGGCAUCGAGCGUAUGCGAAACGAUGGGGCCGAACGAGCAUCUUCACGCCCCAGUUGGUAGUAAAUGGCAUUGCUGACGGCACGGGUCGCACCAAAGAAGAUGUGCACAAGAUAAUCCAUGAGGCUAAAGACGUAACCCGUGCGCGGGACUGGAAUCUCUAUAUCGACUCUAAUGACUCUGAGAUUAGGGUUGAUACUGACAAGCUGGAGACAACUCUUCACGAGGUGACGGUGGUCUUGUAUGAGAGCAAGGAUCAGUCGGUCAAGGUCGGAAAGGGACCGAACAAGGGAAAGAAGAUUGUACACCGCAAUGUGGUGACCGAAGUGAUUAAGAUUGGCGAAUGGACUGGCGGUAAUCAGACGUGGCAGCUGCCCGUCUCACGACGUUCUCUUAAUCAGAACACGGGUGCUGUUGCAUUUAUUCAGGAGGGCGGCGCUGGAGGACCAAUUAUUGCAGCAGCCAAGGUUUGA